CAUUCCUAGAACCUUCUAACCUUUCCCCUAAGUGCCCUUGGACCUUCCCCUCCCGGGCCAGGCCUAAAUACGUCAUUGCAGCGCGCGAAAAAGGCAGAAGCUGCCGCCGAAAGCCAGGUUCUGAUGUUGGCUCCUGUUUCAAGAACUCUAUUCCCAAAUCUACUGCAGAAUCAUAAGGUGGUCUGUCUGAUCUCUAGAGGCAUGAGACUGGUUCAAUUCCAAACCGCUAACCUGACAGGGCCUCAUCUGGGCCUGGAGGAGAAGAUUGGUGGUGGAGUGAUUAAUCUCAAUGCCUUUGACCCCAGCUUACCCAAGACCAUGAGGGAGUUCCUGGAGCAAGGAGAAACUGCCCUUUCUUUGGCAAAAAGAGCUUUGGAGUCUAAACAGCCAGUUCUGAAACGGUCAGAUGUUACUUUUCUGUCCCCCAUCACCUGCCCAGACAAAGUGGUGUGUGUGGGCAUGAACUAUGUGGAUCACUGCAGGGAACAGAAUGUGCCAGUGCCCAAAGAGCCCAUCAUUUUCAGCAAGUUUGGCAGCUCUAUUGUGGGACCCUACGAUGAGAUUGUCCUGCCUUCUAAAAGCAAAGAGGUGGACUGGGAAGUGGAACUGGCCUUUGUCAUUGGAAAGAAAGGCAAAGAUAUCAAGGCCACAGAUGCCAUGGCUCACGUGGCCGGCUUCACUGUGGCCCACGACGUGAGUGCCCGGGACUGGCAGAUGAAGCGCAAUGGGAGGCAGUGGCUGCUCGGGAAAACCUUUGACACCUUCUGCCCUCUGGGUCCUGCCUUGGUGACCAAAGACUGUGUGGCAGACCCGCACAACCUGAAGAUCUGUUGCCGAGUGAAUGGGGAGGUGGUACAGAACAGCAGCACCAGCCAGAUGGUGUUUAAGACGGAGGACCUGAUCGCGUGGGUCUCACAAUUCGUCACUCUAUAUCCCGGCGACGUCUUCCUGACUGGGACCCCGCCGGGCGUGGGUGUGUUUAAGAAUCCCCCCGUGUUUCUCAAGAAAGGAGAUGAAGUCCAGUGUGAGAUCGAAGGAUUGGGCACCAUCGUCAACAAGGUGGUGUAACCCCAAGUGGUUCCUUAGCCCGCCGUUGCUGCUCAGUCCCGUAGCCUCUCUUUCCCCUUCUUCCUUGGCAAAAAGGCCCGGAGGAGCACAGAUUAUAAAGAAGAGGAAGCUGGUCUGCUAAGUGCCUUCCACAGUGAGGAACAGCACCGGGGUCUGGUUGGCUCCCAGCAUCUUCUCAACCAAGCAAGGAUUCCAGGCAGGGACAGAAAGUGAAGACUGUCCACAGGGCUGAAUCUAGCUCUCGCCUGGGCUUUUUCUCUUUGUAUUUGUGUUUUUUGCAAUCAGUGUCAAGGAGAGAACUGUCCUUCUGAUCAAUAAAUUUCCUUUAAUUAAGACAA